CGUGUCCACAGCACAUGUCGCGUUGAACAAAGUGGUUCAGUUGCAUUCCUAUUAAGAAAGAAUGGCCAAUUCUUUAAAUGCAAGCUGGGAAGUACAGAUUGCGCGGACACUGCCAUGUUUGAUGACGCUCAACGCCUGACUCCUGAAUCGCUUGUCCUUAUCUCGGGCGUAGUAACUGCACGCGAUGAUGCGAACUCUCCGGGCUUGGUUAUUAUUCAAGCAUCUGAACUGACCAUAUUGUCUGAAGCAAUGGCCAACCUGCCAGGUAACCUGAGGUUGCAUGGAGCACCUGGGGAGACUCUGCCUUCGCUGGAUGAACGGACCCUCCUUAUAGAGCAGAGGCUCGACAACAGACUUUUAGACGCUCGAGUUACAGCCACUGCCGCAAUCUUCAAACUCUUCUCGGCAGUGCACCAGUUAGCCGUCGAGUACUUGGCAGCCCACGAUUUUCACUACAUUCCGACGCCAGCAUUUGUGGGCUACGAAUUCCCAGCUGAAGAGGAGGAUCACUUCUAUAUCGACUAUCUCGGCAGGCAAGCGAUGCUGGCACCAACCGGUGAGGUACAUCUAGGGAUGGCACUCGCUGCAGAUCUUGAACGUGUAUACGACAUUCAUACCGUGUUUCGUCGAGAGCCAAAGAGUGAUGGAAGACAUCUGACAGAGUUUACGAUGCUUGAACUCGUGUUUGCGCUCAAGAAUGAUUGGUCCGAGAUUCUUGAGCUUGCUGACAGUCUCUUGGUAUUCAUUAUUAAGUCUUUGCAAGAACACGACAGGUAUGCCAAACUCACGGCAGCUGCACUAAGACUGCAUCCUACUGCUGGAAGUUUCAAGUUGGGCUUGGAUAAGAACGGCAAGCUGCCACGCAUACGAUUUGAUGAAGCUAAAGCUAUUCUUCGAGAUCAGCUCGGCAAGCUAGUUCACACUGAGGACGACCUUACGAGAAAGGAAGAGGCAUUGCUGGGAGAAUUUUUUGCGAGCAACCAGUCACCUUUGGACUCACCUACAGAUGUAUUCAUAGUAACCCAUUUUCCAAAGAACCUUCGUCCUUGCAAUGUCUCUUCAUUGGGGCGGGAUGACGCAACGACGAAUUCUUUCGAUAUCAUUCUGCGCGGACAAGAAAUUGUGACGGGAUGCCAACUGCUCCACUCCUAUAAAGAAUUAAGAUCAGCCUUCACAAGUCGUGCGCAUCCCAUCGAUCCAGAUUCUCCCGGGUGGCGGCCAUAUACUGAGGCUCACGAAAUUGGUAUGCCGCCAUGGGGUGGUUUUGGGCGUAAG